AUGGAUAAAAAUCCUUUCAGACCUAAAAUCGUUGCUGAUAGUCAUAUUUAUGGUUCUUGUCAUGGUUUGGUUUUACUGAAGCGUUCUAGGUGUAAUCAUCGUUAUUAUGUGACCAUAUGGAAUCCAUUAACUUCGGAAUUCAAAGAUGUACCAGUACGGAAGCCAAGAUUAGACAACAAAAUUCCAGAUGGUUUACGCAUUACUGAUAAGGAAUGUCUGGUAUACGCUACCAAAUACGGGUUUGGGUAUGAUGAUAGAUUUAGUAUUAAUGAUUACAAGCUUGUAAGGGUGAGGUUCUUCUACGAUUCCGUUGAUAGGGCUAUAUAUGGUUAUGAAGCUAAGGUAUAUUCUUUAGCGUUGAAAUCGUGGAAAACAAUAAUUGACAUCCCAUGUGUCAAAUUCUUUUUGGAGGCCGGAGGUGAGCUUAAUACGCCUGUGUUUGUCAAUGGGGUUCUUCCUAAUUGUAUAGUUAUUUGUUGCAUCCGUGAUAAAAGAUAUCCUACGUCUGGCAAUGGGGUCAUAGUUGUUUUUAAUAUCGAACAUGAAUACUUUAUGUCUGUCUUCCCAAGAACUAAAAACAAAAUAUUGGGUCAUAAGGAAAUACGCGGUACGGGUUUCUGA